AUGCUUCGCCAAGGCUCGGGUACUUUGCAACUUGUUGCUACUAGCUUUGUCAAUGCUGAACAACAACGUGGUUUCGCUACCUUAAAAGUGAGUUACUUUUAAAUGUAUGACGCAACUCUUGAAUCAAUUUUUCAGGACAUUUCCAUCCGUCUUAAGUCGGUCAAGAACAUCCAAAAAAUCACCAAAUCCAUGAAAAUGGUUGCCGCCGCCAAAUACGCCAAGGCUGAACGUGACUUGAAGGUAGGAUGCAUAAAUCGCAUUCAAAUUCAAAUUGAAUUUUAUUCAGGGAGCUCGCGCUUACGGAGUUGGAGCCAAGGCUUUCUUCGACAACAUCGACCCAGCUGUCGAGGGAGUCACUGCUGAAGAACCAAAGAAGCAAGUUCUUAUUCUCAUCACAUCUGACAGAGGGCUUUGUGGAGGUGUCCACUCUUCAAUUGUUAAGGUAUUAAAUUAAUCAACAUUAAAAUUGGUUAUUUUUAUUAAUAACACAUGUUUUCAGGAGACCAAGAACAUCCUUAACAACGCCGAGGGUAAAGAUAUCCGCGUUUUCGCUAUCGGAGACAAGGCCAGAGCUGGACUCAGCAGACUUUACGGUAUUAAACUUUGAAUGAAGCAUGUAUUUAAUUAGAACACUCAUUUUCUUAGGUCAAAGCAUCUUCCUCACCGGAAACGAAAUCGGACGUGCACCACCAACCUUCGGUGAUGCCUCAAUUGCCGCCAAGGCCGUCCUCGAUGCAGGUUUCGAUUUCGAAAAGGGAACCAUCAUUUUCAACAAGUUCAAGACUGUUGUUUCAUACGAAACAUCAAAGAUCAAUGUUCUCCCACUUGAAGCCAUCAAGACCAAGGAAGCCCUCAACACCUACGAUUCAGUUGAUGAUGAUGUUUUGCAAUCAUACACUGAAUACUCUUUGGCUCAACUUAUCUAUUAUGCAAUGAAAGAAUCAGCCACUUCUGAACAAAGUUCAAGAAUGACUGCUAUGGACGGAGCAUCGAAGAAUGCCGGUGAGCUAUUUAUUUUUGAAAAUGAAAAAUAUUAUUGAAUUUAAAACACGUGGGAAACAAAAAAAGUAGAUCAAUUGUAAAGAAAUAUAAAUUGGGCUAUUUUUAUUUCUUACGUUAUUGAAAUUCACAAAUAUUUGUUAAUUUUAAAACAUGAAUUUUUCAUUUUCGAAAAUAAGAGAUGAGAUUAAAAAUUAUAAUCCGCCAACAAAAAUCUAUAAUUGCAGGAGAAAUGAUUGGAAAAUUGACAUUGGCGUUCAACAGAACUCGUCAAGCUGUGAUUACCCGCGAAUUGAUCGAAAUUAUCUCUGGAGCUGCAUGCGUUUAA